GAUUUACAGGUCUGGACAAAGCGGUAACGGAAAAAUUGGUCGGCGCGAUAGUUAUCGUUUUACAAAUGGCUAUAAUACAAGACAAAUAUAAUUGAAUACAACUGUCGUGUGUUCAGUGAACUCCUAAACAUGACAACUGAGGAGGAGAGGGGCGUAGUGCGUGUCAAAGUCAAGAAGUGGGAGGGGAUGCUGCCAGUGGAGCUCCGCUCGUUUGCUGUGGAUCCUCAGAUAACAUCACUAGAGGUGCUACAGCACAUCCUCAUCCGAGCCUUUGAGUUAAAUGGCAAACGCAACUUUGGGAUAAGUUACCUGUCCCAGGACCGUGGAGGUGUGGAAGUGUAUCUAUCUCUCCUUUCUGACUUUGAUUUAGAAUCUGCUUUUGUCAGUGCAGCUAAACCUUAUCUACAGCUCAAGAUGGACAUUAAUCUCUCUGAAGACAGUCCCGUUAUGGAAGACUGGGACAUAAUAAGCCCCAAAGACGUGAUUGGUUCUGACCAGCUUCCUGGGGAUAGGAGGUCUUUGGCUGCUGCCGCCCUUCCCUUCACCCAGUCCCUGCUCUCCCAGAUGAUGGGUCGAACGCUGUCUAGAGUACAGCAGGCCUUGAGCUGGUCGUAUGGGGAGGAGGUGAAGCCUUUCAAGCCCCCUCUGAGCGAUGCCGAGUUCCACAGUUACCUCAACGGCCAGGGCCAGCUGUCCCGGCCAGAGGAACUGAGGCUACGUAUCUAUCAUGGUGGGGUGGAGCCCUCUCUACGCAAGGUUGUCUGGCGAUACCUCCUGAACGUGUACCCCGAUGGGCUGACCGGUCAGGAGAGAAUGGACUACAUGAAGAGCAAGACUAGGGAGUAUGACCAACUGAAGGGGGAGUGGUCAGCGAGGGCCAGUCCAGAGGACCUGGAGUUCAUCAGGGGCAACGUACUGAAGGACGUCCUGAGGACCGACCGGGCCCAUCCCUAUUACGCCGGCUCCGAGGACAGCCCCCACCUYACCGCUCUCACCGACCUGCUCACCACCUUUGCCAUUACACAUCCACAGGUGUCGUACUGCCAAGGCAUGAGUGAUAUUGCUUCGCCGAUACUUGCCGUCAUGGACAAUGAGGCACAUGCAUUCAUCUGUUUCUGUGGCAUCAUGAAACGCCUAGAGGGCAACUUCCGUCCAGAUGGCCAUUUCAUGUCCGUCAAGUUCCAGCAUCUGAAGCUGCUUCUGCAGUACUCAGACCCCGAGUUCUACUGUUAUUUGGUGUCCCGUGGAGCUGAUGACCUGUUCUUCUGUUACCGCUGGCUGCUCUUGGAACUCAAACGGGAGUUUGCCUUCGACGAUGCCCUGAGGAUGCUGGAGGUCACCUGGAGCUCCCUGCCCCCUGACCCUCCCGAAACAGAAGUGGAGCUUCUUGGGCCACCGCUAGAAACAGACCAAACCAUAGUGACAUGUGAGAGUGGUGUUGAAAAGAGGCCCGCCGUUACAGGGGAUGCUGGAAAUGAAGGGGAGCUGAAAGAGAAGCAGCGGAGACGACACAUGUUGAGGCCCUCAAGAGUGGAGGCAGAUGGGGGGAGAAAGAUCAAAAUGGAGGAAGGAGAGGGGGAGGACAGAGGAGCCAGAAGAGCGGGUGAGGGGAAUUUUGACAUGCCUUACGUGGGAAAGGAGAAAGCUCACAACAACGUGCCUGUUCCUUCCUUCGAGAAGCAGACCAGCUUUGGCGAGUUCAAAUACUACAGUGCACGGAACAAAGACAGCUUUGAUUUCGAGCAGAGAGACCCACCAGUGGGUCCUGUUGAGAUGGAAGCCGCCUCACACCCAUGGGAGAGAGCGCCUCUUAUAAAGGACAUUAAUAAGUCUUCCUGCCCAGAUACAGAGGAGAGGAGCUCCCCAAAUGGACAAAUAGCCUCUCCGGUCUCCUCGUUUCCUCCUGGUCUGCCAGACUGGAAAAAUGUUUCCUCUCUGUCUCCAGGCUCCACUCCCUCCCCCUCAAGUUGGAGAGGUGCCUCCCCGGACACCCCGUCACCAAAGUUCACCUCUCCCAUUUUACCCAACGGAAGGAUGGCGGUGCCGAAUGGAACCGGAGCCAACUCACCCGCUACCCCCACAGGGAGGUCCUUAGUUUCCUCUCCGCUGUUGUCUCGAGCGUUGCUCUCCUCGCCAAUUUUGUCCUUUGGGAGAGCUCUUCCUUCGCUACCCGUCGGACCGGUGAACAAGUCCUUUUCUAGUAACCUUCAAUCUCCUUGCAGCAGAGCUUUAAGCACUGCGCCCCACACUCCAAAUUCAACCAAACCAGAGAAUACCACCAUCAAACCUUGUUCCCUGCCACCUCCUCAAGAGUUUGGCAAAGGAAAUCCUUUCAUGUUGUUCCUGUGCCUGUCGAUCCUGCUGGAGCAUCGAGACCACAUUAUAAAGAACGGCUUUGAUUACAACGAGCUGGCUAUGCACUUUGACCGCCUUGUUCGUAGACACAAUCUGGGCAGGGUGCUGCAGCGCGCCAAGGCAUUGUUUGCAGACUACCUGCAGAGUGAGGUAUGGGACUCAGAGGAAGGGGAUGAGGUCAGCUCGGAUUCRCCCACCACAGUCACUGCUGCUCUGUAUUCCCCGCCCCCCUCUGCCACCAGGCUUCUUUUUACCCCUUUGUCAUCCCCACAACCAUCCUCCCCAAACUCCACCUAUAACCUGGCAGACACCAUACCUUCCCCGUCACCUGUCUCCCUCUCACCAUCCUCUUGACUUCUGUCACUAUAUCCCCAACACACUUGCAUUACACAGAUUUCAAAUGUUGUAUUUUUAUUUUUUUAUUUCACAUUUUAUUUAGCCAGGUAGGCCAGUUGAGAACAAGUUCUCAUUUAUGUUCUUAAAUUUAUGUUCUUAAGUUCUGACUCAUGUGAAUGAGUCAUGUGAUUCCCUUAAAUGCCCUCUUCUUGAGAAUAUGUCAAAUAUGCCUGUAUUUGACCGUACACAUCCCAUCAUAGUGAUUAUGAGGACUUAACUGAGUUUUCUAAAUGUUAUAUUCAUGAGUCAUAAUUGCAUACUGUUGAUCACCUCUGGUAUCAUUACCUUUUCUAUCAAAAUAAUUUCAGUACUGUAUAUCAUUUUGUGUUGCAAGGUCACAUUUUCAGUAUCAAGGUGAGAUUAAGUUYUUUCCAAAUAAACUAUGAAGUAUGGUGUGCUGUAUAGGAAUMUGAACGGCAAAGAAAAGUUAUAUUGGGAGAGGCCUUUUCUGAAAUUAAUGGGUUUCAUUACUGUAGUUUCAUGGCCAGUUUCUACAUUUGCUCUCUCAAUUGACUUUGUUUGCUUUUAGAUCGCAUAUAACUGCUAUGAACUGAACUUUAUAUUAWGGGGAAUGUUUUGCUAUUCGUGGGUUUAAUGAAUCAAUGGAUCAUUCAGUCGAUCAAACUGUUUAAUAUGUCACAUUGCACAAAUUAUGCAUUUGUCCUGAUCAUGAAUGGCCCUGUGAUCAUAGGGGAUGGAUACAUUGUACAUAGCUACUAUAUGGUGCUAAAAUAUUUAAUUAGAGUAGGAUUUAUCAUGGCUGUAGGAGAGUGGUUAUAAAUAUAUGUAAACAUAAAAAAUUAAGGAUUAUGUUAGUCUAGGAUUGAUUGAUUGGUUGAGCUGUACUCUGAAGUGAAACAUUUCGCUGUGAAUGAUAUUGCCCGCUUUCAGCAGGGCACAACAUUGUUGAACGUCCAGAUAUAAAUAUAUUAUGUAGAACAAAAAUGCCUCUGACAUGUAGAAUAAUGCUGGAUUCAUGGAAAAGCCUCAUCUUCAAAAAGUACACUUCAGGAAUAGAUUUUUUUUUUUAAAUAGAUUUUUGGAGCUCUUUCAAAGUCUUGGGAGUCACGUCAGCUCUUUUCAUUACAUUUCUUUCUGCGAUGUUCCACAAUGUUUGCCCAUUGAAUAUUACCCUGGUAUCAUGUGCAGUAGCAAUGGAAAUGGGGUGAACGUGCAUCUAUCUCCAAAAGUUGUGUUUUAGUAGCAUUGAUUUUGUUUGUUUUUGUGUGAGCUUGAUACUACUCUUAAUUGAGUCUUUUUGGUGGAGUAAAUAAUCUUCAUAUUGAACAGCUUGUGCAUAGCCAUUAAGGUUGGUUAUCACAAGGCAAAUGUAUGCCUUUGUGCGACGUACCAAAACCACAGGGUCUUUUUUGGAUCAUUUUGUAGGAGUACUUUUUAUUUAACCCUUAUUUUACCAGGUUUAAGUGCUAUGUAUCAGACAAGGGGGGUUGAUAUCAGUUUAAAUGCCAAUACCCAGCACAAAAUGCCUUCAUCAGGUGAAGUAGUACAUCUAGCUGUAGGUGUAGAGAAGACAUGUGGAAGACAGGCCAGAAAAUGGGUUGAGUUGGUGUCUCUAAGGAUAUUUAAGCAAUAAGGCCACAGGAUGUGUGGUAUAUUAGCCAUAUUCCACAAACCCCUGAGUUGCCUUAUUGCUA